GGGGGGGGACUAGUGGUUGAAAAGGGAUGAGACAUUAGGUUAACAAAUUCUCUCAUUGUCAUGAUAAAACCUUUUUUUUUUUUUUUUCUUUGUGAUUCAUUUACAAUUGGCCUUAUCUAAUAGAUGGUAUUUCUUGAAUAUAAAAGAAAUUCUUUUAAGUUAUGGUAAAUGUGCAAUGAAAAUAUGUUGUGCCUCGAAAGUGAGGGAUAGCUCGAGUUUUAUUCCGGGUUUUAGAAAUUUUGGGAUCUAUUCUCAUCAUUCGCCCUUAUGGCACAUUAAGCAUUAAAAAAAAAAGAAAAAAAAAAUGUUGUGCCUCAAUUGUGAAAACCGAGAGCUCAAAACUUUGGGCCUAGUAUAUAACAUUGGGCUUGUUCACUUAUAAAAAGUCAUGUGAAUACUAUUUAUAUCUUUCCAUAAUAUAGUGAUACGAUCGUAUCUUUAUAAAUAGUACAAAUAUCUGUCGUACCGUUAAUCAGGAGAAAAGUUAGACGAGGUCCCUUCAGGCUUAGUAGCGCUGUGCUCUGGGCCUCAUAUGUAUCUUGGGAGACCUACUGUUGACCUGCUAGCAGCCCCGUCAUCGCUGUCGCUUGAUUCUCCGAGAACUUAUAAUCGGGGACCGACAAACGGGAAAAACUGCUAAGGUGGGAGAGCUUUGAGAGAAAGCUCACUGGAAAGGCCUAAGAAUAAGCGCUUGAGGCCGAAUCCUUGGAUAGGUUUGGAUAGCUGUUCCAGCUGAAAUACUUGGAAUAAUUCUACCAGUUUAUCGCUACUACCAACUACAGCAACUGAAAAAAGGGUUGUAAUAGCUUAAGCUAUGCUUUUGGUUGUGAGAAAGGGUUUACGGGCCAACAUUGGCAAAAUGAAAAGCAGCAAGCUCCGCGCCAGGAAUUGAUUGAUUCGUCUUUUUUUCAGGAAAUAUUGGAACCCAAGUUUCCAAUAUUAUACCUUUCCCUCUACUCAACAAAGACUGAGUUGGCUGGCCACAAUAUUUUGCCUAAUAUGAUCGAUUCCUUAAAAUGUGGGGUUAAUUUGCCAAUUGCUACACUCUUCACCUUCCCAAAUAACCUUUAACAAUCCUUAUAAUUAAUUGGUACAUAGCUGUAAUAAAAAAAAUUAAAAUAAAAAUAAAAAUAAAUUCUACCAAUUUGAUCAAACAAAAUAAAACUUGGUAGAAAAUCAUCCUCCUUUUUCUUAACAUGGAAAUAUAGAUUUACUUCUAUUUUUUUAAUUUCUCAACUCUAUUUAUUGACUUUUUUUUUUAUACUAACUUAAGUACAUUGGGUUACAACUCAAGAAAAACAAAGAGGUUCAUCAAAGGCAGAGAAAAUGAAGGAUUCCUCCGUUUUUCCUGGUUUCGAGUCUUUCAACACCGCGAACAAUGGCAGGAACAGCAGUGAAUAUGAUGUCAAGACGGAUUUCAAAGAGAUUUUGGAAGAGGCUAAGAAAUAUGCUAAAGAGAAGAAACAGGAGCAAGCAAUCGAAGAAAAAAGUGGCAAAAAACAAGCGAGUUCAAGUGGAGUGAAAAAGGGUGGCAAAAAGUCAUGGAAAACUGCCUUGCUUUCAUUUUGGAAAUCAUCAUCAACCAAGAAGGCUAAGAAGCAGGCUAAGGAAACUCCUAAGCAACGUGGCAAUGUAUCGGGCCCCAUUCAUGGCGGCGUUGGAGGAGCUGCAACCGCCAUUGGUGGUGGUUACUGGCCCCGCCUUGCGUUCUCGGGGCCACUCACUAACAUGUUUCAUCAGAGGAAGAGGGAGGAUGACAUACCAUAUGUUAACCUAGAGCUUAACGAGCCUGAAUAUGAUGCCAAAACUUAUGGUCCUGUUUACUCAGUUCCUUAACUAACUUUUGGUAUGUAGCAAGUGUAUGGCUUGCUUGGUUGGUUAGGAUAGAUUUGUCCUAGGAAAAUAAAUAGUCAAUGCUAUGCAUAUGGACCAUCUUGUUAAUUUUGUUAUUCCGGAGUUAUUAUUGUUGAGUUUUGGUUUUUAUUUUAAAAUAAAUGGUUGAGAACUUUAGAUUAAAUAUAUUCUAAUGACAUUCGACUUCUUUUAAAAAAAUUAUUGUAAGCUUUUCGUGGUUGCUUACACCUUUGUUUGCCCUUUCUGUGCUUAUUAAAGGCCUUGUCAUUA